CUCAAUUCCACACAGACGAACGUACACUGGCUCAGUGAGACGGUCUCCUCUGCAGGACACACACACACACAGCUGGCUCUGGAUUGUGAUUCUUAUUCCCUUCAUCUGCAGGCCAUUUUGCCGGAGAGCCAGCCAAACCCGCCUCAGGGAGCAGGGGAAUGGAGAACACCAUGUGACCGGUCCGUGCGCCACUGUCGCCAGCAUGCUUCGCCUCCUCCGGACCUUGGCUUUUUGCUUCUGGUGUUUUUUGCUACUUCACAAGCAGGCUGUGGCUGACGAAGAGGGCCUUUGGGGACCAACGGCAUCAAGAAAAGACCCACCUGUUAAAAAAACAAGCUCCUACUGGUGGACCCCAUCUCUGCCAAAGCUUCCUUCGAUUCCCUCACUACCCAAACUACCCUCACUAUCCUCACUACCCUCACUACCCUUCCAUAUUCCUUACUUAUCCGGGAGCAGGGACAGUGAGGAUGAGGCUGCUGCGCUGACCACAACCGCCAAAAGUCUGACAGAACCAAUCGAUCCCUCGCAAGACAACUCGGGUUCAGGCGAAGGGAGAAUUCUUGAAUCCUCUGAUCCACCCAUCACUUCCACUCAGGGGUUCCUAACUAGCGUGACACAGAUAAGAACGGACUCACUUCCCACAGGGACAUCAGAUUCUCCACACAGCAGCAUAGCGCAGAGCCACAAUGACACUCUUGUUUCAGACUCCUACUCUCCCACAAGCAGUUCUAUCAGAAACACUCUGUUCACCAACAGUCCCACCAGCACAAGCACUCCUGGACAAAAUGCAACACAUACCCACCCACCGAGGGGCACCCCACCAGCAGCAGGGCCCAGCAUGGGUGCCACUACACAACACCUCCCAGAGGAACACACUGAUAAAGAGGAGGCGGAAGAUUUUACAGAGAAGAUAUAUUUGACGAUAGCACCAGAAACCACAGUACCUACUGUGUUGACAUGGGCAGAAGUACAAACCACAACAACAACCCCAGGCAUAGUGGAGACCACACUGACCAGCACACACUCUCUGAGGCAUAUCACUCCCGCUACAUCCUCAGAAACCACGUUUGUCAGAAAACCACUAGACUCCACUGUUGGUGUUACCCUCCGUGCUGGAGAGGCCACGAUGACAGAAACUCUACCCACCCAAAGUGAGGCUUACCUGGGCUUCUCUGAGACCAGGUCGGGGCCCACUGAGGACCAGCCGGGGGUAAUCACCACUGCCAAUGGGAUCGAUGACAAAUUAGUGCCAGAAUCCAUAACAAGCACAACCCAGAGCCAAAGGGUUAACUUCUCAACAGCAGGAGAGCUGCCAGGCAAGAAGGAUAAGGAGGAUGAGGAAGGUGUGGUUCCUUCAGCAGACUGGGAUGGUGACACAACAUUGGCAGACGUUUCCACGCCAUACGCUAAGCUGCUAACAACUUCCCCGCCACAAAGCACAGAAACUCCAACUAUUACUCUGGACACGGAAGACUGGAUGUCCAACGAGGGGUACAGUGACACCACCCUUCUUCCAGACUGCAAUCAAGAGCGCUCCGGGAUCUGCAACCUCUCCGACUGGGACUUCACAACCUCCUCGGACAUCAAACCAACACAAAACACCACUGUCACCAACCAAACUGACGAACCCUUCCUGAUCCCAGCUCCACCAAUGUUGGUGCCGCUGUACACCGACUGGAACAGUGCCAUGGCAGCUUGGGGCCUGGCCUGGGAUGUGCAUGUUUACGGUGCUGGCUGCAUCUUUGCAAUGCUAACGCUGGCCUGUGCACUCAAUCUGCUCUGCUUGCCACUACGAUGCCCAUCCGGAUGUGGUUACUUUGCCCUGGUUAGCUUGUUUCUACUAGCUGCUGGUUGCACAAGAUCUUUCUCGCUCCUUUACGAUGCCUAUGGCCACCAGGACCGCCUACCCUCCACAGAGGCGUCACUAAUACUCUACGAAGCACCGUUUCCCUGUUUAACAGCGGCCUUCGGUCUGGUUUUCCUUCUCCUAUCCAUGCGCUCGAGAAUGCAGCUCUCGUACUCAGCUUUCCAGAGACCCUGUUUCCUGGCCUGCCUGGUUGUCCUGCACUUUGGUGCCGCAUUUGGACCAGUGACCUUCCUGAAGUUCUACACUCAAAAGCCUCCCCAUUGCCUCUUUCUUGCACUUAUCUCCCGUGGAGCCUUUGUAGCACUGGCUUCAUUUCUAUCUGUUGCCUAUUUUGUGUUCUACAUCUACGUGCGGGCAGAUUCGAAACACAUCUACCACCUGAAUAACACAUCUCCAACGCCCGCUGAGCGCUACAACCGCUGCCCUUUUGCUGAGAGCCGGGACUGGAAUCGUGCAGCUGUAACUGUCUGUAUGUCAGCAUUGUUUUGUUUAGCUUGUGCAGGACUGCAGUUAUUUGCAAUGCUCAAUGCUAUGGGUGUUGUAGGGGGAGAGGAGGUCUUUCACCCUUGGCCAUGGUGGACUUUUCAGUUUAGCUGCAGACUGUGUGAGCUCGGGGUUUGUCUCACCUUGGCCUUGGUGGUUGCACAACCAGUCUACUGUUCUGACCACCUCCCAGCUGCCGGGAGCUGCUGGACUGAACUGUUGGCAUCAAAGUCGCCCAUCAUGCCUGGGAGCUACCAGUGGACCCUGAGCCAGCAGGAGAAGCUUGCAAUUGUCGAUACCAUGGGGCUUGGAGAGAUAGAGAGCCUUCCUCUUUACACCCUGGUGGAUGAGAGGCUUGGUAGCAGUAUGAACGGCCUGGACCUUCUCUACCACAGCAACCGGGCCUUGGCCUACCGAGACCUGGACUUGGAUUUGGACUUCAAGGGUUCAGGGACUCCUGCAAACGGAGGAGGCAGAGAUCCCUCGGGUGGAUCCUCGUUUACCAGUGACUCCACCACAGACCUGCGACCGCCUUCGCCAAUCAACCUGCGUCGCAGCAUAGACGAGGCACUUUUCAAUGAGGCCCUCUUUCCUAUGAGCCUCUUCAGCCCUACUCGCAGCAGUGAUCUAUCAAUAAACAACCACUGUUCACUUCUAAGCAAAGGGCUUUGUGAUCCUCUCUCAGCUGACCCUGGCCUUUAUCGGACCACUUCCUGCGUGGAGAUGCCUUCUCAACACUUGCCCUCUUGCGCCCAAUCUCAAGGAGACACUCUCGUAGGUGCUCCACCAUCUCCCUCCCUGUCCUCAUCCACGAGCAGUUCCUCUCCUGAACGUUGGAGGGGCAGCUCAUCCUCUUAUUCCCCCUACCGUGAAUCUUUCGGAGGCUCCUCGCUGGUCCUCUGCCCGAGCUCUGAGAGACAUGCUCAGCAGAUUCUGCAGCAAGGGGGUUUAGGCCACGGGGCAUCCUCUGGCCACCAGGGCCACUCUGACCCACUGAGGCACUACCAAACACUCGGCGCUGCCUCACAGGAGAGCCUGGACCUGGACGUGUCGUCUGAGGCAGACCGAUCCGUUCAAGAGGAGUUCAUCAGUGUUUGCAGACAAAUCGAUUCUUACAGCAUCUGCAGCGAGACUAUCGAUUUGUAAAAGGACAGUCUGGUCAAACGGGUUCCACAGAAGACUCACUAAGAAGGACUUUAGUAGGGUGACUGUAAAGGAAACCUAUUUGGUAGUGCAUGGUAGCUUUUCCAUACGCCAUAGACCAAUAGCUGCCAAAUUUACAUUUUUGGAUGUUUGAUGAACUUUCUUAUGUGGUCAUUAGUGAAUGUCUUUAAGGGUCUAAGUGCCAAGAAUGUCAAAAGCCAAAAGGUAAUUUGUAACUUUUUCAUGUUUGAUACAGUCAGAACAAUAGUUACAUUUACUGAGAGAAGAUAAGAAUUUAUUUGUACAAAUGUCUUUAUUGCAUUCCAACAUUCCAAUAGAUAGUACUGUGACUAAAACUAAGCACUUAUUAAACACUACUGAAGUCAUAUGCUUUCAUAUUAAGCUGAAUAUCAUUGUCAUUAAAUCUAAUGUUAAAUAAUUGGAAUAAGAGUUACGUUUCUAUAAAUGCUCCGUACCAAUAUAUGCUACAUCUUAUUUGCAGCUCUAAUACAGCAGUGCCCUCUACUGGUAAAACCUACACCAUGUUACCUUAUCCUACAUGUAUCACUAAUGGACUGUGCUUCUACAUACACUGACAGCAUCUUCUUUGGACCGGCUAACUAAUUUAUUUAUGUUCAAACAUAACUUUGCUCGGCACAUUGUUUAAUAAAGUUUGUUUUAUAACA